AUGCACAUGCGGCGCCUCGCGGCCCGCGAGCGCAACAUCGUCCUCAUGACGGGCACCGUCGACUACGUCUCGGACGGCACGCGCACCUUUGCCGUCGCCAACGGCCACCCCCUGCUCGCCGCCGUCACGGGCACCGGCUGCUGUCUCGGCACCACCGUCAGCGCCAUGGUCGCGGCCCAGCGCGCCGCCGCCGGCGAUGGCGACGGCGACGGCGACAGCGACAGGCUCGCCGCCGUCGUGGCGGCGCUGCUGCAUUAUGAGAUUGCCGCCGAGAGGGCUGCUGUGCGGGACGACGUCAAGGGGCCUGGCAGCUUUGUGCCGGCCUUCCUCGACGAGCUGGCGACGGUCAGGCAGAUGACGGUGGACGGGGAUCUGGCCUGGCUUGCCGCGGCCAAGGUGAGCCUGGUCGACGAGGCGUGA